AUGUGCCUCAAACUUUGCUUUAUACUCCUUCUUGUACCCGUUGUGGCUCAGAGCGCCGCUGCACUGUCUACGGAGACGAGGAAUGCUCUACUUAAGGGUCUUCGUGGAAAAACGCUGGAAAAUCGACAGGCUAGACUGCAACGUCUCUCCGCGUUGUACGCCAACAAAGGAACUACACCUAGACCUCAGAAUGCGAGCACAACUGAGGAGGGAUUUUCGAAUGAAACACUGUUAGAACCGGACAGUGAGCCCGACAUAGUAGAACUCAGCGAGAAAAGCGGUGUUGCCGACUUUCUUUUCCAAUCAGAUAUUAACUUAUCAGAGGAUCAACUGAUGGCAAUUGAGAGAAGUGUCGGAGUGAAUGAAAGCACUCGAAUUAAACGUCAAGUGGCCACAUAUGCUACUCGUUGGCUGGAUAAUACUGUCUAUUACUACUAUGAUCCUAGUAUAGUUCUACGGAAGAAAACCAUCACCAAGAUGGCAUUGAAUUACAUUCAAGCUCGGACAUGUAUUACUUUCAUUGAAAGUAAGACCGCUCCGAAUCGAAUUCGAGUAUUCAACGGUGGCGGAUGUUAUUCGGAUGUUGGUAUGGGAGGUGGUGUACAAGAUCUGUCGUUGGCGGAUGGCUGCGAUCAGAUGGGUCUUGUCGCACACGAAUUCACACACGCCCUAGGAGUAUGGCAUAUGCAAAUGCGAGAUGAUCGUGAUGAUUAUAUUCGAGUUGAUUUGACAAAUGUACCGGCUAAUAUGCAAGGAAACUUCUAUAAGGUCUCCCCAGGCGACGAUAUAAACUACAAUCCGUACGAUUAUGGAAGUAUCAUGCAUUAUGGGUCAACUACAUUUACUACCAAAGGAAAUUCAAUGAUUCCAAUAGAAGGACGCUAUUUACGCACGUUGGGCUCUCGUGUGAUCUCAUUCUACGACAUUAAAACAAUUAACGAUCACUACAGUUGCAUUGAUCAAUGUACGGUCGCUCCAGCUGCGUGUGCAAAUGGUGGUGAACCAAAUCCAAGAAAUUGUGCCGUAUGUAAUUGCCCGUAUGGAUACGGAGGAGUUUUAUGUGAUCAACGGCCCACUGGCUGUGGUGCGACACUUACAGCGACCGCCAAAUGGCAGGUGAAGCAAUUCACCUUCGGAAAUGCCAAAGUGGCUACGAAUCGCGACAGGUACAUGCUCUGUAAUCACUGGAUAAAGGCACCCGCCGGGAAACAGAUACAAGUUCGUGUCACCUAUUUAAAGAACUCAAGAUGUCAAACUGGUUGUAGAGCUAAUUCUAUUGAGCCAAAAAUUAAAGCGGAUAAUUUGAACACAAAUGCAAGGAUAUGCUGCGGAGAUCUGUUGAAUUUUGUUCUUACCAGUGAACUUAAUCCGACUCCAAUUGUUUCAUAUAACAGAUUUCAAACUUCGACAUUCACAUUCCAUUACAGAUACAUUUGA